GAAAAGCUACUUUUUUGGUUGCUUCCAUUUCAAUGGCUUUGCUCUCAGUCCAAAGCCGCCUGUCUUGUCCUGCAAAAAGAGAUGCCACUUCUGCUAUUCUGUGGCAUUAUCUAAAGUUCCAUUGCUCCAACUUUUUUUAAUUUUUGUCUAGCACCAUGCAUCUAUUGGAUUCCCUAAGAUUUCCCAUAAAAAAUAUUGCACCCAGUACUAUAUAUAGAUUAAUAUUCAAGGUCUGAAGGCCACAUCUAAGUUGAUGUACACAUAGUUAGGCUGGCUUUUUUAUUAGUGCCCUGUGUGUGUGUAGAUGUCAAUGAUUCAGAGGAGGAAUGGCUUGUACAGCAAAGGCAGCAGUGGUUGGACCUCAAUCAGAAGUGAAGACCUUCAAGAAGGUGAUGUUUGGGAACUUUUCCCUGAAAGGGAAAAGUUCACCCCCAAGGCUAAUAAAGAAUAUCCCACUGCUCUAAGGCUCAUCCCAACUGCAGCCAAAAUGAUCCCAAGAUCCACCAAGAAUCCCAGCUCUCAUGACCCCAAAAUCAUUGGACACUCCGCUCCGGUGGUCAUACAAGAUUGGUCUAAAAUCCACAGCGCCGGUUCAAAUAAUGCCCCAUGCAAUCCGCCGUUUCUUGGUGAUGCCUACGAUCAUCAUGGUCAGGAAAAGCAAGGUGAUGCGUUUGUGAGACGAUGCCGAGAUGGUGAUGACGACGAAGAGGAAGACUAUGACGGCGAAGAAGAUGUGGGCCCCAUAGUGCCACCGCACGAAUGGAUUGCGAGGAAGCUGGCAAGAAGGCAAAUAUCCUCUUUCUCUGUGUGUGAAGGGGUUGGGAGGACUCUGAAGGGGAGAGAUCUAAGCAGGGUGAGAAAUGCAGUGUUGAGUAAAACUGGCUUUCUUGAAUAAUAAUGCUCGCACAAGAUGCCUAAGUGCGACGAAAAGGGAGGUUUUGGAAAAAUUCCGGCAAAACUUCUAGCGACAAUUACUUUCCACUUCGGCGAGCUCUCACUAUAUGGACAACACCACCACGUUCUCCACACUCAGAGCAACACAAUGGAAGAUGGAAUGAGAAGAAAUGGUGAAGAAAUGAGGAAGAAUGUC